AUGUCCUGUCUGGUCGGCCUGUAUUCGCAGUUUCUGACUCUGCUGUGUGUACCCCACGAGAUCCUGUUUCUCCAGCACAAGGUCUUUCGAGAGUAUGCGAAGAUCACCGUCGGACCCGACUUCAUCCACACUCUGCCUUCUUUCUUAAUCCUGACCUCGGUCGCGAUGCGAUGUUUAUGCGUUAUUAAGUCUGUGUCUGUGUUUGCGAAGGUUUUAGUUAGCUGGGUGGUCGUAGUUACCGUUCUAUGGCUUUGGCUGAUCCUUCAGAGGCUACUUUAUUGUUGUGUCUGGACAUUUUGGAGUUAUGAGUCCGAGUAUCGAGAUGUUUCUUAUCAAUGGUGGCAACGAAUUUGGUCGUCGUAUUAUCCUUCACCGUUACAACCGCCUGUCAUGUCGGCUGGGUUCAUCAGCUGGGUCAUCUCUAUGUUAAUCGCAACUACCACUUUGGGAUGUGCAAUUUCUUCGAACAGAGUGUGGAAUUUUAUAUUGGAUUCUUUAGCUGGAUUAAAGGAGAUGGUCGUAUCGAUGAAGUGCUCCACGAACUCUUAUUUAAGAAGGUUGCUAUUAACGCUAUCGCAAUCGCAAUGGGCGGAAGAGGAAGCACUAAAACUGAAGAGUGCAACGCGGAACGACAGCGAGGCGAGUUCCAUAUGCGACGAAUGUCGAUCAGAGCUGUCCAGCGAGAUAAUUCAUCAACCACAAGAGGUGCACCCAAUAUCCUACGGGACGAACUGGUUGCCGAGGCCAACUUUCUCCGGUUACAAAGACGCCCAGAAGAAGGUGUCGAUGAAGUCGAUGCACACGGUGGCGGUGGUGAACGACAUGAACGACUCCGACGAGCCGGCCAUUAGACAAUUGCGACACAAACGUGGCUGUCACACUGUGAUACCGAGCAAUUCGAGCGACCAAUCGAGCGGCUGCUGA